GGUCAGAGAGAAGGAAGAGAUGUUUGCGAGACGCCGAUUUUGAAAUCUGUUUUUGUUUUUAUAAGAAAUUAGAAUGAACUUAGGACCGAAAAACCCUUAUGGUAAUGGCCUGGCUUACGCCGGGUUCAACCAAGAUCAAGGAUGUUUUGCCUGUGGGAUGGACUCAGGGUUCAGGGUCUACAACUGUGACCCCUUAAAGGAAAAGGAGCGGCAGGACUUCUCAGAUGGCGGCAUCGGUUACGUGGAGAUGCUCUUCAGAUGCAACUACCUGGCCCUCGUUGGGGGUGGGACGCAUCCCAAGUACCCCACGAAUAAAGUUAUGGUGUGGGAUGACCUUAAGAAAAAGCAUGUCAUUGAGCUAGAAUUUGCAUCAGAAGUCCGUGGAGUGCGGUUGCGGCGAGACAGGAUCGUUGUUAUCCUUGAUACCAUGAUAAAGGUUUACACGUUCACCAGCAAUCCACAACAGCUCCACGUUUUUGACACAGCCAAUAACCCCAAAGGGUUGUGUGUGCUGUGUCCAAACAGCAACAAUUCACUCCUGGCCUUCCCUGGGCCACGCGCUGGUCACGUGCUCAUCAUCGACCUCGCCAACACAGAAAAAUCUCCACAGGACAUACUAGCCCAUGAUUCACCACUCAGUUGUAUUGCCCUAAACCUCCCAGGAACAAGAUUGGCUACAGCCUCGGAAAAGGGGACGCUAAUCAGAAUUUUUGACACAGCAUCAGGAACCCAACUAAAUGAACUCCGCAGAGGAGCCAAUGCAGCAACAAUAUACUGCAUCAACUUUAGUCAAGAUUCUUCACUGCUGUGUGUCUCAAGUGACCAUGGGACUGUUCACAUAUUUGCUACAGAAGAUGAGGACAAGAAAAACAAGCAAUCGAGCUUAGCCUCGGCCUCUUUUCUGCCCAAGUACUUCAGCAGUAAGUGGAGUUUCUGCAAGUUUGAGGUUCCUGGAGGAUCGCAGUGUAUAUGUGCCUUUGGUCCCACCAGCAACUCCGUCAUUGCUAUAUGCGCUGACGGCAGUUACUACAAGUUCACAUUCAACGCAAAGGGGGAAUGCAACCGGGAGGUUUACGCCCACUUCCUCGAAAUGACCGACGACAAAGCAUAGGACGUGUGCAGAGGUCUGGAAAUGAUAUUUGCGUCGUCCAAAGAAGACUAACAUCAAUUUCAUCCUCCUGAUAAGUGGUUUACUGAGAGUAUGUUUUUGGAUAAUUUCAUGUCCAUAAUGUUUUUGAGUUUACGUGUCCAUUAGGUUUAUGCACUCAGAAAUAUUCACGCGGUAUAUAUGUAUCUGAAGAUCAUAGAUUGUGAAAUGUUUAUGAUUAUUUUGGUAUUGAUUGUAAAAAUUCUUCUGAGAAUAUUCAUUAUUGAAGCUAGAGUAUUUAUGAUGUCACAAAGAUUAUAUGAUAACGUAAAUUAAGAUGACAUUUCCAUGUACUGUGAAUUGAUUUGCAAGAGGAUUGAACUCGUUUGUGCAAAGAUAAAGUUAUAUUAUGGAGUUAUUGUGAUUAUUAUUUUGUUAUUGGGUAGAAUUAUUAUUGUUUGGUUUGAUUUAUUGCAUUACAAGUUGAGUGAUAUGCUAAACACAAACAGUGAGAGAGAGCUUCUAUAAAUGGCAGUUGGAAGUUGGGGUAUUUUAUGAUAAUUAAAGAUUUUAAAAUUCAAAGUAAAAUCCAUGACCUUGUUCAUUUUUUUAACCAAAAUAAAGAGAGGGAUUUAAAUAAUAAAGAGCCAGAGUGCUGAAUAUUCAUUUCAGAAAUCUUUAGAAACUCAUUGUUUUAUGAUUGUCCUUGUUUUUCCUAAAAAGGUAAUCUCUCACUUUGUCAAAAUAAUGUUGAACACUUUUAGUAGGUUGAUAUUGGGUUAUGUUCUGUGCUAAUAUUCUGAACCAUAUAGAAUUUUUUUUAAACUCAUUUCACUGUAAAUGCAUGGUUGGCAAAGAUCAUUUGUUUACAAUGGCAAAAAUUGUAUUUCAAUCGUGUUUGUAGCAAUAUUACCAUUGCACCAUAUAUUUCAACAGUAUUUUACAUGGUAAGAGAGAAAAGAAAUUGAAGCUAUUAGUGAUUUAAGGAAGGGAGUUAGCAGUUUUUUAUUUAUCGUAUUUUCCUAAUUACAUCCUGGCAUUUUAUAAAGAACAGGGAUGUAUGCUUAACUUAAAAUGAACAAAUAAAAUAAUUGAUUAAUAAAUAAAUAGAAAUAAAAGUGAAAAAGGGGGAUAGAGAUAAGAGUGUCUGAUUUCUGUUAGUACAUAUAGCUAACUUUUUUUUUUUUUUUUUUCCCCCAUACAUUCCUUAUAAAAAAGAAAAAAAUGUGUUUAAUAUUUUGGCAGUAUUAGCUUCCAGGAUUUAGUACUGAUGUGUUAAAUAAUUGAAACUCAGAAUGCAAAUCAUUGUAUCUCAUCAGAAUUAUGAUCUUAUUAUUUUUGUUCUCUUGGUUUUGAUAUUAUACCUAUGUAUAUACUGAAAAAAAAAAAAGGUUUCCCCAAUGCAAGAUUCCCAAUGUGAAUAUAUGUUGUCACAAAAGUCUGUUCAGUCACUGGUCUCUGAAAGGAAACCCAUUUGGAAUUGAUGCUUUUUGCACAUCCAUUAAAUGUCUUUUUAUAUAUAUAUACAGCUGAAUGCUUAAUAAGCUUGUGCAGGAAAGUACACCAUGAACUGAAGUCCAACUUUGUACAUAUGGAAUUUGUGUUUUGUGUUACUGAAUUCUGUCAUUCUGUAAGUUUUUGUAAUUGCAGUGUGUGCUUGGGUAACACAGUCUGCCUGUACCAAACAGUGUAAAUAUGAAUCUAAAUAUAAAUGGCUUUUUAGAAUAUUUAAAGGAAAUAAAAAGUGUCUGAUCACGAGAACAGCCAAAA